AUGUUCAGCACCAGUUUCGAGGACUACUGUGACUUCAACGACAGUAUCUGCAGCAAUGACUCGGGCAUCGACCGGACCUACAACGACUCCCUGGCGACCCCGGGCUCAGCCCACAGCACCCCCUUGAAGCAUGAUGUCUCAGACCUCGGCAUCUCUCUGACGACGAUCAAGACUGAACCAGUGAGAAGGAAACUAUUCAGCGACGAUGGAUACGAAUUCCCCUUUCAAGAUCCAGUGGAAGAUAUUAAAAAUUUCAACACCGAUAUUUCUAACACAAACACUUCGACGCCAGUUAAAGGAAAGGAGAGGAAACCAAAAGACCCUAACAAACCUAAAAGGAAAUAUGCGAACGGGAAAAACAGAGUGACUAGAUCCAAGAGUCCAACACAGAUUAUGAAAAUCAAAAAGAACAGAAGAAUGAAGGCCAAUGAUAGAGAGAGAAACAGGAUGCACAUGUUGAAUGAAGCAUUGGAUAGGCUCAGAUGUGUACUGCCGACGUUUCCAGAGGACACCAAGUUAACUAAAAUAGAAACUCUUCGGUUCGCUCAUAAUUACAUCUUCGCCUUGAGUCAAACUUUGGAUUCUCUGGAUAACAUUGACAAUGGAGAAGUGCCACCUGAAAAUUUCAACCUGAACUGUGAGAAAAUUGCCAAGGACGCAUUCCGUGAAAUAUUUCAACCCAACAAAACUGAAGGUUACAAUAGCGAAGGAGGAUAUAGACACUUUGAAGGAUACAGCAAACCUUUCCCGAAUGGAUCAAACUAUCUUCAAACAUCAGAGGGAGUUCUUAUAAACGUUGGAAAUGUAACGGUCUCAGUCAACAAUAAGGGUGGUAAUUGUAUCACUUCUACAACUGGCAGUGGAUUCUUUACACAUCCUUCCAGUUAUGGAGAAGAUUUAAGCCAACAAAGUUUUUAUUACCAAAGACCCCAAGAACAAAAGUAUAAUUAUGGAGAAAACAUGUACUAUGAUAGCACCUGUGUGAAUGAGACAGGUGAAUACUUUAACCACAAAAAUUAUGAACUGUUUAAGUCUGCUUUUGAGACUGCCAAGAAUAAUAAUAAGUAUCCUAAGACUGAAAAUUUCGGACAAAGCUAUGGUAUGGAAUAUAAUUCAAUGCAUGAUUACAAUUCUAGUCAAAGACAAUUUUAUAUGAAUGGUAGUAAUAAUUAUGCUCAAAGUCAGUAUCAUUAUAAUGAUCCAAGAUGUUACAGGAAUUUCUAUAAUAGGUCUAAUACUGUAGUUAAUGCACAAAUUUGAGUGAUGUUAGAUAAUUAU